AUGGAAAAGAAGGAAGCUAAGCCGCGACUGAUCCGAUGGGUGCUGCUGUUGCAAGAGUUUGAUUCCGAGAUGAAAAACUGCAAGGGAACUAAGAAUCAGGUUACUGACCAUCUCUCUCAGCUUGAAGAAGCCGAAAAACCUUCAGAUGUGCUAGAUACUAAUAAUGCAUUUCCAGAUGAGCGGGUGUUGGUAGUAUCAAUGGAGGUGGCACCAUGGUAUGCAGACAUUGCCAAUUAUUUGGUAGCAGGUAUAAUUCCAGAGGAGAUCAAGUCCUAUCAAAAGAAGAAGUUCUUGCGGGAUUCUCGUCAAUACUACUGGGACGAGCCCUAUUUGUUCAAAACAUGCGCUGAUAACAUCAUUUGGCGUUGUGUUCCUGAGAGUGAAGUGAUGGCAAUUCUAAAGGCAUGCCAUUACUCUACAGUUGGGAGUCAUCAUAGUGGUAACCGAACUGCUGCUAAAGUUCUUGAAUGCGGUUACUAUUGGCCUACUCUCUUUCAUGAUGCAAAUCUAUUGGUAGAAGCAGUGGUUUUACCUAAUAAUGAAGCCAAGAGUGUCAUGGGGUUCCUAAAAAAGAACAUAUUUACUCGAUUUGGUACCCCGAGGGCUAUAAUCAGUGAUGGUGGUUCUCACUUCUGCAAUAUAGCCUUCGCAGGAUUGAUGGAAAAAACUAAUUGGGCCCGCAAGCUCGAUAAUGCUCUAUGGGCUUACCGGACUGCUCUCAAGACUCCGAUUGGGACUUCAUCUUUCAAGCUAGUUUUUGGUAAAGCUUGUCAUUUGCCAGUUGAACUUGAACAUAAGGCCAUGUGGGCCUUGAAGAAAUUGAACAUAGAUUGGGAAGAAGCGACCAAACUCAGGUUGUUUCAACUCAAUGAGAUUGAUGAAUUGAAGUCGUACCAGACCUAUGAGAAUACAACAUUGUAUAAAGAUAGGAUGAAGCAGUAUCAUGACAAGAAAAUCCUGAAGCGGGAAUUCUACAAGGGCGAUCCGGUCCUGCUAUCUAAUUCUAGAUUGAAGUCAAAGCACGGCAAGGUAAAAUCAAGGCGUUCCGGUCCUUUUGAGGUGGUAAGUGUUUCACCCCAGGAGGCGAUUGAAUUGAAGUCCGAAGAUGGAAAUCGGACAUUUAAGGUGAACGGGCAGAGGGUGAAGCACUGCAAUGGUUGCAUUGAUGGGGAUAGAAUUGUUGAUCGGUACCGGUUGAAGCAUCUGGGAACGAAUGCUGACCCAGAGAAUACUGACCAGGAGUAA